GAUGUUAUCACCUCUACGAGAAGAAAUAAAAGUAGUUUGUCAAGUUGUCGCUUCAAGAUCUAUCUCAAAAAAGAUAUUAACUUUAGGAGAGAAUAGAAAUUUUCCCUAUAGACAUGCUAUGUUCUAUUCGACUCUUAUAGAAGAUUGUAGAACAGACAUAAAAUUUAUUCAUAUUGAAAAUCACCUAGAUUUAAUAAAUCUUAAUAAAACUGUUGAGAAACUAAACAAAGAAUUACGUAAUAACGAGGCAUACAUCUAUUUAGACGCCGAUUUGAAUAUGUCAAAAGUUAUAUUGAGCGAAUUUUUAAAGGAAAAUCAUAUACAUUGGAUAGUUGGAACUAGAACUUUACUGUCUCAAGAUUUAAAUAAAAUGUUAUUGCUAGACAUACGUAAUUUGAUGCUAAUCCUACCAGAAAUUUGCGAUCAAGUCGAAAAUUGUACUGAAAAACUAUUCCAAACAGCUCUCACAACAGACUUUUACUUUUCAAAAGAAACUUGCAAACUCUUAGAGAAGAAGAACGAAAGUUAUGAGUCUGUUGUACUGCACAAGGAAAAUGAUAUUGCAAAAAUUCUCUACGUUGUCAUUCCAAAAGUGAUUAAUUACGAACCGUUUUGGCUAAAGGAAGAUGGAAAAAUUUCUGGCUUAUUCGUCGACGUUGCAAAAGAAGUUGCUGACGGUCUUGGAAUAGAAGAAAUAAAAUAUUUAGAGGACGAUAGAGUUGAAGAGGUUAAAGGAUUUUCCAAAGUUCUACAAUUUAUAUGGAGUAAAGAAUUAUCGGAUUUACAUUACGUAAUAUCGUCUCCUAUAGAUGUUACUAUUCAAUUCACUGAGCCAAAUUCCUCCUUAAUGGAAAAACCUAUUUUCUGGUUUAUAACUGCCUCUUGUAGUUUAAUCUAUUACAUUUUCAAACAUGUCUUUGAUGUGAUAUCUCCUAAUCUAUUGAUUAUUAAGCCCUCUGAUAACGCAUUAGCCACCCACGAGCUCUCAGAAGAUAGUGGAGGUUUAUGGGGUGGAGUCUUUCAUAUUUUCACAACGAGAAUUUUAACAGAACCAACAACAAUUACCGGAAAAGUUCUUGCCUUCGUUUCCUCAAUGUUUCUAAGUUGCUUGCAUACUGCGGUUGUAUCAUACAAUCUUCUUAAAUAUAUCGGUGACGAUAAUUAUGACUUUGUCAGUGAAUGCGAUAUAACUGAAAAAGGUUUAUGGGAGACACUUAGGUUGGCAAUUGUUGAGAAGAACUGUUCAAUAAGGCUGAAUGAACUUUCAGCCUAUUGCACUCUUGAUAAAAUUUCAGAGAAACUUAUAAUCGUUAGGCCUCUAAUAUCGCGUCAAAUGGAACGCAAUUAUUUAAGUAUUAACACCACCUAUCAAACAAUACGAAAAUUCUUAGCAAAUGGCGAAGAAGAAUUAGAAAUUAUACGCGAAUCGUACGAAUCAAGAAUGAAUGACUUUCGCCAUUUACUAUUCUCCCAGACCAAUAGUCAAGUCAAGUAUCACAAGAUAAUGUUGUAUAGCCUGGCAACACUGGCAAUAGCUUACGCCAUCUAUGGCUUUUUUAGUUUCAUCAUUUAUUCAGUAAAAGAUGCUAGACAAUUUAGGGAUGUAGACCCAAUUAGUCGUUUGAAGAAAGGCCUUAAAAAUAGAUUAAGUAUUGUACGUGAAACUAUAAUGUUGAGUUGUAAAUAUCAAUUAGAAAAAAUAACAAGAUUUGGUUGUUAA